AUCGGAGGUACAGUGCGCUGGUGCGUUGUUUUUAGUUGCGGUAGCUUUUUACGGCGGUUUUUCUCAACUCUGUAGUGAACAACAAAGCUCAGACAGGUACUGCGAGUCGUAGUGGCAUUCUUUUGACGUAUCGUUUCCUCAAUAUGAGCAAGAAGUACAAGAGCAACAAAAUGUGCUGUGUGCCGCAGUGCACACACCGUGCAGUCAAAGGCGAGGUAAGCCUACACUCGUUUCCUUGUGAUGAACGACUGAAAAAGGAGUGGGCCGUGAAACUGCGAAUUGGGAAGCCUGUCACGAAAACGAUGAUGGUGUGCAGCGCACACUUUGUGCCCGAAGAUUUCUUCUGGGGUACAACUGCACCACAAAUUUGGAGACCAGCCCGGAGACAACUGAAGAAGACGGCAGUACCAUCACGGUGUCUACCUGUGCGGAGCCUUGAUAACAAAGAUCCAGCAAGAAACCAGGCAUCAGCUGAAAGAGCCUUGCGAGCAUCGGCAAGAGCAGCAAGACUCCAGACUGUUGAUCCACUUGACGGCCUGAUAGAUGAUUCAGAAAGUGCAAGUCUAGCCUGUGAAACAUCAGAACAUGAAAGUGGAAGCAAGGUCACAGAGCACACGGGGGAAGAUGACGAUGCUGAGGCUCUUCUUCGCCUUGCUGCCCACCCAAGUGAGUUUGAAGACAUGGAUAGUGCUGCAAUCGACACCCUCCUGCAGUUUAACCAGAGGCAGACUGCAUCUAUUGAUAAGGCUGUGCAGGUUAACCCAGGCACCGUACCCAGCACUUGUAGAACACUCAUUGACCUGUUUCACAGUGAUGCUUGUGUUAAAGCUUUCACAGGUGUAGAGGAUUUGAGACUUCUUAUGGCUAUUGCUAAUGCUGUGGCUGAAGUUGACGAUAUGAAAUCUGAAAGGAGUGUAUUAGAACAAGUGACAAUAGUGCUUGUUCGCCUGAAGACUUUUCUGUCCUUUAGGUGCUUAGCCACAUUAUUUUCAGUGUCUGAGGCGACAGUACACGGUUAUUUUUAUGGCACAAAAAUAUGGCCCAUGGCCGAGCAAGACAGAAUCUGUAAACGUAACUUCGUGGAACUGCAGUUCCUUGAACUUCUGCGCGUGUCGGCUGGCAAGGAUGUGCUACAGUAUCAGGUCCGGUUGACAGCCUGUGUUUUCACAGCAUAG